AACGUUUGAAAAAAAUAUAUAUAGAAAAUAUUAGAAGUUGCUGGGCUGCAAUUAAGUUUAUCAAUAAAAUAAAUUAUAGAUAUACACAAGUUAAUCAUUAUCAAACGAAAUGCAAAACAUUAAUGAAAUGCUCAAAAGUGUAUAUAAAAUGAAAAAUAUUUGAACAUAAAAUCAAUAAGCAAUUGUUUGUUCAAGUGAUUUAUAUCAACAUGAAAUUCGCAGUAUUUACUUUCCUUGCCUGUUUGUGUCUAGUUGGCGCUAGCGCCAAAGCAACUGGUGAUUUUAUGAUAGAUCAAGAUGUUUUUCAACAAUAUGAAUACAUUAACGAUGAUUUGGCCGAAGAAAUUAUGGAAAUUGAACCACAAACCUUCUUUUCCGGCUUUUAUUAUGUGUUGAAAAAAGUCCUGAAAACAUUCCAAGGUAUUGCCUGUGUGGUUAAUGAAGUGUAUCGUGUUCAAGUUGCAUCCCAUAAUUUCUUAACUGAUAUUGCUCUAUGUGGUGGUGAACUUUCACAAAAAGUACAAACUUUAGUGAAUGCUGUGAAGGAUAUUAUUGAAACCUGUCGUGCUAUUGCUGGUAUUAACGAAAGUGUUUGCUCUAAUGAUCAUGCUGAUGUGUUUGGUCGUGGUGUUGUUUCUAGUGUAAAAGUGGGUCAUAAAUGUGCUUCCAACAUGUUGAGCAAAUUGUUGAGAUUGAACAGACAAAUUAAGCGUGCCAUUAAAUUAAUGAUUCAAAUUAAAAAUGUUCCCGGUGAUACUAGUGAAUGUGUUUUGAAUGCUGUUGAUACUUUGCUUAAUCAAUACACCCAAUUCCCUGCCAAUGUUAAGGCUUGCACUAGCGCUGGCGCUCCUCCAACUGAGAAUCCUUGUGUAGUUUAAGAUUUUUUUUUUGAAAAUAUUUAUUUAUUUUGAAAUAAAUUCAAAAUUUUGUUUAGUAAUUGAUUAGAAAUUUAUGUUUAUUUGGUUCUUUGGAAUUCUAGUUCCUGUUUCAAAAAUUAUUUUUUUUAAUAAAAAUUUUACUUGAGUAAAAAAC